CCGCCCACAGCGGGGCUCUAAGAUGGCGGCGGCCGCCACGGCCGGCGGGCAGGCAAUAGAAAAACAGCUGAAGAUUUGUGGCUAUAAGAGCAAUGUGGAUGUCGUUGCACUGUAUCUGGCUAGACAAGGACUAAGAAGUAUCCCAAGUCUAUCACAGUUUCGCAGAUUAAGAUAUUUGUGGAUUAACAACAAUAAGAUCCAAGAUUUAACCUUCUUGAUCAAAAACUAUUACUUGACCGAACUCUAUCUCAACAAUAACGAGCUGACAGAUAUAUCAGGUGCUCUGAAACACCUACGUUCCUUACAGAUUCUGUUUCUUCACAACAACGAGUUAAAAAAACUUGGCAAAACAGUGAAGGAAUUGAAAGGAAUGAUAAGCUUGCAGACUCUAAAUCUAUUCCAUAACCCUCUGGAAUAUGAUCCAGACUACCGGCUUUAUGUGAUAUACUUCCUUCCUUCAGUUCAGCUCCUUGACAGGAAGUUAGUUACACAAAGAGAAAGGGAGUCAGCACUUCAUCUCUAUAACCCCAAAAGAGCUUGGAUGAUGCAGUCAGUAGCUUUUGGGAAGAGAGCAGACACAUCCCUGGGGACUACGGUGGGAUCUGGCAAAUGCACUCAACCAGCCAGAAGACCAAUAAUGCCCUCAGGUCAUGAAUUUGGAAAUAACACUAAUAAAGUACCAUUUGAGGACCCCGAAGAUGCGGUUUUAGUGCGGGCAAUGACAAGAUCUCUAAUGGAAUUUUCCUCUGUGGACUGGAACAAAGUAGCCACCUGUCAAGAAAGGCGGCUUGAAAACAAAGCAGAAGAGCCCCUCGAGAAGCUGACAAUCCAGUUUAGAUGAAAAAAACCCUACUUCUCUAAUAUUAAUCCCAUAAGUAGGUCAACAGCUCAAUAAAACAAUUACACAACAACACGCAUCUAAUUAGGUGAAUUUCCAGAAAAAAAAGGUUAGUGUAACGAUUCUUUUAUCUUAUGUUGUAUAGAGAGUGAAGAAAUUUGAUAACAAAUUAUAAACAGUGGCAAUGUUAUAAUAAAAGUUGCUUUAAAUGGAA